AUGUCUACAGACGUCGUGUCGAUCUCUUACCAAACACUUGUAUCUUCACCCUCGUCCCUAGAGACAUCUAUCGAGGAGGCGUUUGGAUCGCAUCCUCAGGCUCUCGGGCUUAUACUUGUGAAAGAUCUUCCGCCUGUCUACCCUGUCUACAGAGAAAGAUUGCUCAAGCUUGCAUACAAAUUCGCUCAUCUGGACGAGGACGUAAGAGAGAGAUAUGUGGACCCUGGGAGUAUAUACAGCUACGGAUGGUCGCACGGGAAAGAAAUCAUGAAUGGACGACCAGAUACGCUGAAAGGAUCAUACUACGCUAACCCAGUAGUAGAUGUUCCCGACGUCAACCCCGCUGUAAAAGCUGCGUAUCCGCCAAUCUACGGCGACAACGUUUGGCCCGACAAGAACCAAAGCGGUAUAGAUGGUUUUGAAGAAGCCUUCAAGAAUCUGGGAGGGUUCGUUUUCAAUGUUGGGUGUCAACUCGCGGGCGCCUGCCAGCCCUUUGUCUCCAAAUAUUUGACAGACGUGUCUUUAUCCGUUCCAGAACUCAUCAGCACACAAACCGCUAAAGCUCGCCUUCUGCACUACUUCCCUCCUUCAGAAAAUAGCCCUACCACUGAGGAUGAACCCAUCGAUAGCUGGUGCGGCUUUCAUAAAGAUCAUUCACUCCUGACAGGGUUGUGUUCAGCUAUAUUCCUUCGUGAAGAAGCAGGAUUGGAGCCUACUAUUGUUCCUUCACCUUCUCCGACGUCCGGCUUGUAUAUCAGAACCCGAGGUGGAGAUCUGACAAAGGUUUCAAUUCCUCCAGACUGCCUUGCCUUCCAAACCGGCGAGGCCCUGGAGCUAGUCACUGCUGGAAAGUUACGGGCGACACCUCAUUGUGUGCGGGUUGGGCAAACACAAGUUGGAGCAAAGAUAUCGCGAGAGACGUUUGCUCUCUUCAUGCAGCCCGAUACCCACCAACGUAUCUCUGAAAGUGAUACCUUCGGGUCAUUUAGCAAGAAGGUGCUGGAGGAACACUAUGAAGAAGCCAGGGUAAUAUGA